GUACAUGCGCUAUGCAUGACUCACUCACAGUAAACGGGGGUUGCAGUAAACUACGUGUUCCUGAAAAUGAAACAGAAAAACUCAGAAAUCGCAACAGGUGUUCUGAUUUGAAACUAAGAUUCGGGUAAAUUUAGGGAGAUGGGAGCGGAGAGCAGCGUCCUGCAAGGCUGCAAACUCGAGGAGCCGCUGGAAACCUCGUCCCAGAAUGAGUGGCAGCUCCACCCAGCGAAGCGGAAGGACGGGUCGCGGGUCUCGGUGUUUGUGCACAAGAAAUCGGAACAGGAAGACCGCCGGCUGGAAAAUGCCGCAAAACAACUCAAGAUACUGCGGCACCCAACCAUCUUGAAGUUCUUCGCAUCCUGUGAUAACGUGGAAGGCACCUACCUGAUAACGGAGCAAGUGCGCCCUUUAGAGAUAGUGUUGGACAGCCUCACGCCAGAGGAGAUAUGCGCUGGAUUGUACAAUAUUGCGGAGGCACUCAGCUUCCUUCAUGACAGGGGAGGCGCAUCUCACAACAAUGUCUGCGUGUCCUCAAUCUACGUCAGCGUUCAAGAUGGCGGGUGGAGACUGGGAGGCAUGGAACACCUCUGCAAAUUUGAAGAUGCCACUGCGCAGUUUCUUAAGCAGAGCCAGCCGCUGCGUAACACUGAGGCGAUCCCACCGGAGGAACAAGAGGAGAGUGUAUCGUCGACAGCUCCCCAGUACGGUCAUGCCAGGGACGCCUACGCAUUCGGGAUUCUAGCUCAGAACAUGCUGGAGUAUCUCACUGAUCUUGGUUCAAUGACGGCAAACUUUGAGCAGCGAAUCAACGAUGAGUUCCUGAAUGAAGAUCCAACCCUAAGGCCCAGGCUCACCUCUCUGCUGAAUGACCGACUCUUCAAAAAUGACUUUUUAGAGAUCACCAACUUUCUGGUCCAUCUGACUGUCAAAAGUGAAGCAGCCAAGAACGCGUUCUUUGAAGGUCUUGCACGCAGACUCCACCGUCUGCCUCGGGAGUUGGUGGCCAAUCGCCUGGCUCCCUUGCUCCUGUCUAGUUUUGUUAUGGCUGAGCCCAUGGCCGUCUCCAUGGUCUUGCCGCACUUCAUGACUCCAUUACGAGAAACGAACAGCAAGCAUCAAGAGUUCCUCUCGGACCAAGUCAAUCCUUUAUUCCCCGAGGACCUGUACAAGAAGUUUGUAGUUCCUGUCAUCCUCAAGAUCUUCCCCUCAAGGGAGAUGCACGUCCGCCUCUGCCUGCUGCAGUACUUUGCCUUCUAUGUGGACCUGUUUGACGUCAACGUGCUCAAGAAGGGAAUACUCCCUCAGCUUCUCAUUGGACUGAAGGACAACCACGAUGAACUGGUGUCGGCUAGCCUGAGGGGCCUGGCAGACACGGUGCCGAUACUUGGAGCACACCUGGUGGUGGGCGGGGAGAGAAUCAAAUAUUUCGUGGAGGGAAGGCCCAAGUUCUUGAGUAAAAACGACAGCCCCCUGAAAAACAUGGACAAUGUGACCAACCUGACAGCAGUGAGCGGCGUCAUCACCAUCCCCCCACUGGAGAAGACCCCGCCCGCCCGCUCAUCCCCGGCGCCUGUUCCCGACAGUGGGCGGGCCUCGGAGAACGAGGAGGAGGAGGGUUGCCAAGCGACAACGGUCGCCAGGCGACAGGAGGAACGGGAGAGGCGUCGGGAGGAGAUGCGGAUGAAGAACGAGCAAAGGAGGAAAGAGCGCGAAGCCAAGAAAACCCAGCAGAGCGGAAAAGUAACAUUGUUGUCAAUGGCCAACAUAAACAAAGAUUCGGUGGAGUCAGCUGACGAUAUUCACUCUGAAGAAUUAUCUCCAAGAUUUGAGGAAACAAAUCCCUCUGAGGAGUUUGAGGAGAGGUUAAAAGAUGUUGCCAUCUCUCAAGAAGACUCAGAUGAAGUGGACCCCCAUAAGGACAAAGACGAUUGGUCGGAUUGGGAUGACAUGGACCAGUCUGACCAAUCAGCAGGCCCCAUCAGUCCCGACUCCGAACUCAACCAAUCAGGAUCUCUGUUACUAAAAAGUAGGCAGACACAGGAACCGGUCUUAGCCAAACCAAUAGAAACUGAUUCAGCAGAAACUGGUGAUACUGUCGUCAAUUUUGAUUGGCCAAGAGUGGACGAUGACCGGAGUAAGCCAGAUUCCGAUUGGACAGAAUCAAACAGUGGACACGCCUCCUCCAAAAAGCCGUUAAAGUCACUACAACUCAAGAAACCGCCUGUCGCAAAAGUUUCUCCCGAACCAAAAACCGAAACCAACAAACCAAAAACUCAGCCUUCCGGUGUCAAGAUUGCUCCAAAGAGGCCUACAAAGGUCACGAAAAUUCCCAAAUCCUCAGAACUUGGAAGUGAGUUUGCUAUACCUGACAUCAUUUUAUCUCCGAAGCAGAGGAGUCAGGAACCAGACUUCUUUGCCGAUAUGGAACCAUCGGUUUCUUUUACGACAGAUGCGAAGAAGGGAAGCAAAUCAGGCAAGGCGUCACCGAGGUCUGAAUCAGCACAGUCAACCUCAAAGGCUUUCCAUGCCAAUACAGUUUCCACCAAUCCAGACGACAAUGGUGAUGGCUGGGGCUCCGACGGUGAUUUUGACUGGGACGUGGCAAGCUGAUCGUCGCUCAGUCUUCGUUGAAUCAUUAUCUGAUGUUUAUUCUGUAUCAUAUUGAGAGCUUAUAUUCAGAAGAUCAUUUAGCGGGGAAGGUAAAGUGCAAAGAAAACAUACAUAAUUGUCACUAUUUUAAUUAAAUGACCGAAAAUAAGUAGACUUUUUUUUAAAUCCUUUUUGACUCCAUUUCUUGGGCCUUGUUCAAGGGACUAAGAGUUAAUGAUAUACAGUUAGUGUGUUUUAAAAUGUGUGCUAUUACAGCAGUAUGUAUUACAGCAGCGCCAUGGUAUCUCAAGCAAAGAUAAUAAUCUUUGGCUUAUGAAUAAAGUAAGCUUCAUCUCAUACAUAUUCAUGUCAUAAGCAAGUGCAUCUUUUCUAUUGGACAGCAUUCUAACUCGUCAGAAUAAGUCACUCCCAUUCUGUGAGAAGAUAGUCAAUCCAGUUUUCAGUGACCAAUGAGGAAUCAGGAAUUUUGUGUGAUUUUUUUUCUGCAUCCCGUCUCCAAAUAAUAAUACAUACCAGCAGUGAUAAUUUUAAAAUGUGAUUUUUUUUUCUGCAUCCCGUCUCCAAAUAAUAAUACAUACCAGCAGUCAUAACUUAAAAAUGUGAGUAUGGUGUGUGUGUGUGUGUAAAUCAAUAGGUUAUAUUUUUAGAGGGGGGGGGGGGGAGACGAACAGUAAAAAUAUCAUGUUUAUCAAAGCAAUGUAGCAGCUUCACUUCAAUCUACAAAUUAAAGAAUGGUAAAAAUGUAAUUCUUUAUUGACAGCAACACGUAACAUUUUUUUCAAUAACCAGAGAUUCACCUUUGUUUGUACUCAUGAAAUUUCGACGUUCUAGCCCAAUCACUCGCUCAAAAAUGUAGCCUCUGACACCAUUGUGAUUUACUUGGCUGAAACUGCUGAAUAUAUUGGCUGCAAUUCCAUUUCUCGGUUGUGUGUGCUACAUGUGAUUUGUGCUGUACACAUACAUGUUUACUGUCUUUUUGUAAUGUGGUGUGUGCUUUUUUAUAUUCACAGUAUCACAUUAACAGAGAAAGUUAAAAUCUUUAAUGCCCUUAUGGGGGGGGGGGGGGGGACGGGAGGGGAGGCGUAAUGUAUUACAACAGGAGUUUCCACAGUAUCUUGUUCACCCAGGUAGUGCAGAGGAAGUCACAAAAAAACUAAAUUCUAUUAAAGCUUUUGACAAGAGACUCGGCAGUGUUUUCCGAAUUUUAUUAGUAUAUAAGAUAAAGUCAGAAGGAAUUCAGCCGAUCCGAGGAAAAGUUGCAUGCCUGUUUACCAAUGCAUAAUUUUGGAAUGAUAAUCUGACUUUUUUUUCUAUAUUUUUUUCUCCCUUGUUUGAAAUGGCCAUCGAAAACAGUUAAACUUGUAUUUAACUUUUAAAGCAAAAUGUUAGUUUUUAAUAUCAGUAUCGAACUUGCCUUAAUAAAUUGUGUAGUGAUGCAUUUAUAUGUA